AUGUGCCCGGCACCAACAUCAGAUGCGCAAUCGUCGCAAGCCGACAAUGCGACAACAAGCCAAUUACCCUCCUUCUACUCCCCCAAGAGAUCAGAGAACACCAGCGAGCAGUCUCGAGACAAUGGCGACGUCGAAUCCGUAGACCUCUCUUCUACCUCGGCACAACCGACCACAACCCCCGCCAUCACCCUCGACACCAGCGACAACCUCUCGACACACUCGUCGGUGCCCUCGACCCCCCUCUCCCAACCACCACCGCCUUCCCUCCUCUCGCCCUCCUUCACGCCUCCCCAGACCCCCGGCACAGCAACCCCCUCCACCUCCAUAACCUCCCUCUCCCUGUCCGAGCCGCGCGGCAUCCCCGUCGACAGCUCCAUUCCUACAGGAGGAUGUGGUACCAAGAAGCCCAAGCUCCUCGAAUCUCUGCCGCACGUAGAGUGCAUAGUGCGGGCGCGCAUUCCGACCACCAACGGGGCCGAGAUGUUCCUGCACUUGUACACCAACGACGUGGACAACAAGGAGCACCUGGCGAUUGUGUUUGGGAACAACAUUCGGAGUGAAAGUCUGGACCGAGUGCGGGAGGGUGAGACGGAGAUGGACAGGUUGGUGAGGGGUGCUUAUACGGGCCGGUUGUAUCCCGGUAGGACGACGAGUCGGGAACCGGGUGUUGGAGAGACGAAGAAGGAAGAUCAGGAAGAGAAGGCGGAGGAGAAGAAGCAGGUGCCAUUGGUCAGGAUACACUCGGAGUGCUACACGGGCGAAACCGUCUGGUCUGCGCGCUGUGACUGCGGAGAGCAGCUGGAUGAGGCGGCGCGCUUGAUGUCGUUGCCUUCUAAUACCGCUGGUGGGAUCAUUAUCUAUCUACGCCAAGAAGGCCGAGGAAUCGGGUUGGGCGAAAAGUUGAAGGCCUACAACCUGCAAGAUCUGGGGUCGGAUACCGUCGAGGCCAAUUUGCUGUUGCGCCACCCUGCGGAUGCGAGAAGCUAUGGUUUGGCGACUGCCAUGUUGCGGGACUUGGGACAAAAGGAGAUCAGACUGUUGACGAACAACCCCGACAAGAUCAGGGCGGUGGAGGGCCCGAAUCGGGAGAUUGUGGUGACGGAACGGGUGGCCAUGGUGCCGUUGAGUUGGAAGGGCAAGGGAGGGUUCAGGGCGCCCGAGGUGGAGGGGUAUUUGAAGACCAAGAUUGAAAAGAUGGGACACAUGUUGGAUAUGGGAGCGCUCCCUCAGUGA